AUCCCUGCUGCUGCAUCGGUCUCCAUCUCCCCCAGCAGAAGGCGCAGCCAUGAAUCCGUUAUUCGGUCCCAACCUCUUCCUCUUACAGCAGGAGCAGCAGGGCCUGACUGGGCCACUGGACCCCUUGGGAGGCGACCACUUCGCAGGGGGAGGGGACUUGCCCCCGGCGCCACUCGCCCCUGUCGGCCCCGCUGCCUACUCGCCGCCAGGGCCCGGCCCGGCGCCCCCUGCCGCCAUGGCACUUCGCAACGACCUGGGCUCUAACAUCAACGUGCUCAAGACCCUGAACCUCCGGUUCCGCUGCUUCUUGGCUAAGGUGCACGAACUGGAGCGCCGGAACCGGCUGCUGGAAAAGCAGCUGCAGCAGGCGCUGGAGGAGGGUAAGCAGGGCCCGCGGGGCCUGACUCGCCGCGACCAGGCCGUGCAGACCGGCUUCGUCAGCCCCAUCCGGCCCCUGGGGCUGCCCUUGGGCACCCGCCCGGCUGCCGUCUGUCCCCCGUCGGCGCGGGUGCUGGGCUCGUCUGCUCGCUCGCCCGCUGGCCCCCUCGCGCCCUCCGCGGCCGGCCACUCGUCCUCCACCUCCACCUCCACCGCCUUGUCUUCGUCGGCCCGCUUCAUGCCUGGCACCAUCUGGUCCUUCUCGCAAGCACGCCGAUUCGGGCCAGGACUGGAGCCCACGUUGGUGCAAGGACCUGGCCUGUCGUGGGUGCACCCUGACGGGGUGGGUGUCCAGAUCGACACCAUCACUCCCGAGAUUCGUGCGCUCUACAACGUGCUGGCCAAAGUGAAGCGGGAGCGGGACGAGUACAAGCGGAGGUGGGAAGAGGAAUACACGGUGCGGAUACAGCUGCAAGAGCGAGUGAAUGAGCUCCAGGAGGAAGCACAGGAGGCUGAUGCCUGCCAAGAGGAGCUAGCCAUGAAGGUGGAGCAGUUGAAAGCUGAGCUGGUGGUCUUCAAGGGGCUCAUGAGCAAUAACCUGUCAGAACUGGACACCAAGAUCCAGGAAAAGGCCAUGAAGGUGGAUAUGGACAUCUGCCGCCGCAUCGACAUCACGGCCAAGCUGUGUGAUGUGGCUCAGCAGCGCAACUGUGAGGACAUGAUCCAGAUGUUCCAGAAGAAGCUGGUCCCGUCCAUGGGGGGGCGGAAGCGGGAGCGCAAGGCUGCCCUGGAGGAGGAUUCCUCCCUGUCGGAGAGUGAUGGGCCCCGCCAGCCUGAGGGGGACGAGGAGGAGAGCACAGCCCUCAGCAUCAACGAGGAGAUGCAGCGCAUGCUCAGCCAGCUGAGGGAGUAUGAUUUUGAGGACGACUGUGACAGCCUGACUUGGGAGGAGACUGAGGAGACCCUGCUGCUUUGGGAGGAUUUCUCAGGCUAUGCCAUGGCAGCCGCAGAGGCCCAGGGAGAGCAGCAAGAAGACAGUCUGGAGAAGGUGAUUAAAGAUACCGAGUCCUUGUUUAAAACCCGGGAGAAGGAAUAUCAGGAAACCAUUGACCAGAUAGAGCUGGAGCUGGCCACAGCCAAGAAUGACAUGAACCGGCACCUGCAUGAGUACAUGGAGAUGUGCAGUAUGAAGCGGGGCCUGGAUGUGCAGAUGGAGACCUGCCGCCGGCUCAUCACCCAGUCGGGAGACCGAAAGUCUCCUGCUUUCACUGCGGUCCCGCUUAGCGACCCGCCGCCGCAGAGCGAGACUGAGGACUCUGAUCGGGAUGCCUCAUCUGACAACUCCAUGAGAUAGGGCCCAACUCCUCCUGGGCCUCCUGCAUCCCUCCCUGCUGGGAGCUCACUGAGGCAAGGCGGGGCUUGCAGAGGGCAUGUCAUUUAUACCACUGCACCAUGGCUGGCUCUGGGGCCUGGGACUCCUCUCUUGGGCUUUCUCCCUCGGUCCUUGACCUCCCCAGGUCUCUGUAGUGUGUGGAGCUAGGUUUGGGCCUAUUCUUUCCAGGCAACUCCCAGCACAGUUGGGGCUCUCCUGCCUUCACAUGCGGGUGUCUGCUACUUCUCCAUCUUUGGGAUGCUGCCAGAGUGCUUGUGGCCCCUCACUUCUCCACUGUGUAAGAAACGUGAAUGUGGGAACUGCCCUCCGCCCCUGGGGACUAUAGCCCACUUACUGUCUUUAAUUCUGAGCUGGUGCUAACUGGCCCAGGAACUGGUAUGAAGUGGAUUCAGCUGGCGUUUUCUAGUGUCUUGUGCAACACACACAACUGGAGGGGGCUUCCCUCCAGCAUGGGAAAGGAGGACUGCCCAGGGCGCUCUGUUGGGCUGUCCAUGUGCUCCCUGCUGCCUACCUGCUGACUACAGUGUAUGUGGCUGCAACCCUUCCUUCAGAUAAGUGCCACACAUUAAAGGGACCUCCAUCUUAAAGGGAAGAAGCUCUUGUCUCCUAGUCAGCGGCUGAAUGACAGAAAAAGAAGCUGCUGUGUGUGGGGGGCAUGGGCGUGCAGGUGUGCUCAGAGUCUUUGUUUCUUCAAGCUUCAGCUGAAGAUGUGCCUCCUCCAUCCAUCAUUCAUAAAGCCAACAGGCUAAGAUGUCCCUGGCUUGGAAAAGCUUGGAGAAAGCGGGGAGAUGCAAUUCAGAAUACCUCGGUAUAGGGGACUAUGCUGACAUUUCAAUGGAAUCUUUAAUAAUAAGAAGCAGCAAGUAUUUAUUGAGCACUUCUGUGUCACUGUUUUAAGCACUGAUGUUCACCCUAGAAUCCUAACUGAAGAAUGUGGUACUGUUUCUGUCACCUCCAUCUAACAAAUGCACACAUGUAGUGUGGGUCACAGGUAACUUGCCCAGCAGCCUCCAACUUGCAGAGCAGGGUCUGGGCCCAGCUCCCCAGCUGCAAGCCGGGCCUGUUGCGUCUUACCUAAGGAUACAAAUCCCAACACAUCCCCAUCCAGCUUUCAUCCUUACCGGAAUUUUCAUCUUGUCAUUACUACACUGGGUAUGCUUUUACAUGCCUAGUUUUGCUGGAUUUAAUCUAAUGACCUUAGGAGCUGAGCCCUGUCAUAGCCUUAUUUUGCAGAUACACAUCACAAAGGUAAAUAACUUCUACAGCCAAGGCAGGCUGGUGGUGCAUCCUGCAACCUCAGCACGUGGGAAGCAGAGGCUGUGCCUCCAAACAAAAAACCUACAGAGCUACAAAUGCACACUCAGUAAUACACUGUGAAGUUGGGCAACCAGUCAAGGCCAUACAGCCAUGUGCCAAAGCCCCAACUUCCUGUUUCAGUGUCACCCUCCUGACCUGCCAGACAGCAGUUUUCUGAUAGGGGAGCCAGGUGAAAGUUCUCCCUGUAGUGAGAAAUCUCACGCAGUGGUGGCACUGGCUUUCUGUAGCAACCAGAGGCUCCAAGGGCAGGGCAGAUAUACCUCUGUGAGGAAGGUGCUCUAACCCUGUAUGCCAGCUUCUCUCCCCUCGGCUAUAGG